AUGUCUGGAAAAUAUAAUUCAAGGAAGAGUUCGUGCGAAGUCGAGCGUGAGGCUAAACUUUUGGUGCUUUUGGUGGACAUAAUCGACCAACAGAGCUUACUAGUUGGGUCCAAAUUAAUGGAAUCUGAUUUGGUGAUCAAAAGUGAAGGCACAUGAAUGAAUGUAAUAAAAUUAACAAAACGAAUCAGAACACGUUUGAAAAAACUGGAAGAAAAGUUAUCCAGGCAG